AUGAACCGUCAUUUGCUUUGUCUUCUUUUCGAUGUCCUCAAGAUGUUUCUGCACAACAGCAAGACUUCCCUAUCGGAUCUGUUCAAAGCGAUCAUGAUCAAGAUUGAAGAUGAGAUCGAUCUCUUCGCCAUUUUGUUGAAUGAUCCGAAUGACGCCAGACCGAUGAGACGCUUAGGCGUCAGCGAUACGACUUACGAUAUCUUUGGUCAAGUCCUCGAUGCCAGCAAGGUAUUCCUCAGCCAGUGGGCCCAAGGUCAGCUGCGAACCGAGAUGGAUUACUCCUUUGGCCUCAAGUUCACAGUCGUUAAUUUCGGAGCGGUUCCUUAUGUCCAGGAUGGUGAUUUUUGCUUGUCAAAACUAUCCCGCGCUGAACAACUUCAGCGUGGCUCGGUUCAUGCUUUGCUCGCGUCCAUCCCCAGGCACACAUCGGAAGGGGUUUUCCGUGUCUCUUCUAUGGCUGACGCUGGAAAAGGCACGCGCCCAGACCCCAGGGAACAGGAUCCUUAUCUCCACCAAAAGUCUCGUCAAAACACCAUUAAGCUGGACGGGAUCGCGGAGACGAUGCAAGCUCUUGAAGAGGGUGCUCGCCUUCUAGUUCAACAGUCACAAGAGCCUGGAACCGUAGGCGCAGAUUUGAGCAAGGGAUUGGAUCUAGACAGUAUAGUCGAUGGAACCGAAAGUGACCGGAAAGGAGAAGGUCGUCCACGUGGAGUCAGCCUUCCGCGCGGUUGGAAGUCCAAGGCCAUCAAGAAAGCAAGCAAGAAAGCAAGCAAGACUAUUAUCACUGGUGCAGCAAGCCAAGCGACCAAAGCGACCAAGGCGACCAAUUCUACGACAGCCAAUGGAAAUGGUGUUCGCGCUGCUGUCAAACGAACAAGAACGGGAGACGAUGAUGGCAGCGACGGCGGUGAUGUUGAGGAGGUAGACUUGCCAAAGAAGAUGCAGAGAGGGCCAAAGUCAAAGUCCGGCGAGGGGCGAGGUUCCAGAAGACAGAGAAGCAGGAGUAUGGAUGCCCCUGACCAGUAA